GCCGGCGAGGUCGGUUCCGCCCGACUCUGACAUGGCGGCGCCCUUUGUCUGCUCUGAAGUGCCGUCCCCGGCCCUCUCGCGGCCGUGAUGCACCUCCCUCUACGGUGGGGUCCGGGACAUGGCAGACGGUGGCUCGGCACCCGAUAGGUUGUGAGGAUCGAGCAAGCGCUCGCGGUGCUGUGGUUCAAAGUAUGACCGGUGGAGCCAGGCGGCCCUGUGCUCGCCAGCUGCGUCCUGGACGAAGCUCGGGAGGCUCUCGCCUCUGCCUCAGUUUCCCCCUCCUUAAAGCAGGGACGAUCCUACAGGCUGCUCCCUGGGGUUGUCAGGAAGAGCAAAUAAGGCAAUAGGUGCAGAGCGUGGAGAUCCCUAAAGGGCUCUUAGGGGAGUGCAGGCGAGAAAAGCGUUGUAUCCUCGGCUGAAGAUGGGAGCUUGUGACAAAGCUUAGGAGCUAGUGUGAUAGUUAAGGUCUGUGCCUGGAGGACGGAGCUGAAAGGUAAUGAGCUGGAGGAGGAGAGCCAAGCUGGAGUUUACGCAGACAAACUGUCAGAAAAGAGUAGCCUGGGCUACUUGGAAAUCUGAGCCAUGGAUUUUCCCCAGCACAGCCAGCAGGUCCUGGAGCAGCUGAACCAGCAGCGGCAGCUGGGACUUCUGUGCGACUGCACUUUCGUGGUGGACGGCGUUGACUUCAAGGCCCAUAAAGCAGUUCUGGCAGCCUGCAGCGAGUACUUCAAGAUGCUCUUCGUGGACCAGAAGGAUGUGGUGCACCUGGACAUCAGUAACGCGGCAGGCUUGGGGCAGGUGCUGGAGUUCAUGUACACGGCCAAGCUGAGCCUGAGCUCUGAGAACGUGGACGAUGUGCUGGCCGUAGCCAGCUUCCUGCAGAUGCAGGACAUCAUCACGGCCUGCCAUGCCCUCAAGUCACUCGCUGAGCCGGCCACCAGCCCUGGGGAGAAUACGGUGGCCUCGGCCGUGGAAGGAGGAGACAAGAGAGCCAAAGAGGAGAAGGCAGCUGCUACCAUGCUGAGUGAGCUGGACCCAGCCGGCAGCAAUCCGCCCCCAGGCCCGGGCAGGGAGCCCAAAGAGGAGCGGGGCGGCCAGGCCGAGAGCACGGCCAGCGGCGCAGAGCAGACGGAGAAGGCCGACGCCCCUCGGGAGCCGCCCCCCGUGGAGCCCAAGCCAGACCCCACGAGCAGCAUGGCUGCUGCUGAGGCCGAGGGCGCCUUGUCGGAGAGCUCAGAGCAAGAGAUGGAGGUGGAGCCGGCCAGGAAAGGGGAAGUGCGAGAGGAUGAGGGCGCAGGGGCCGCCGAGGUCAAGGAAGAGGGGCCGCUGCUGGAGAAGGGGGAGGCCCCUGAGGAGAGCGAAGAGUCGGCCAGCACCGACUCGGGCCAGGAGCUGGGCGCUGAGGCCCGGGGCCUGCGCUCGGGCACCUAUGGUGACCGCACGGAGUCCAAGGCCUACGGCUCCGUCAUCCACAAGUGCGAGGACUGCGGCAAAGAGUUCACGCACACGGGCAACUUCAAGCGGCACAUCCGCAUCCACACGGGCGAGAAGCCCUUCUCGUGCCGGGAGUGCAGCAAGGCCUUCUCGGACCCGGCCGCGUGCAAGGCCCACGAGAAGACCCACAGCCCGCUGAAGCCGUACGGCUGCGAGGAGUGUGGCAAGAGCUACCGGCUCAUCAGCCUGCUGAACCUGCACAAGAAGCGGCACUCGGGCGAGGCGCGCUACCGCUGCGAGGACUGCGGCAAGCUCUUCACCACGUCGGGCAACCUGAAGCGCCACCAGCUGGUGCACAGCGGCGAGAAGCCCUACCAGUGCGACUACUGUGGCCGCUCCUUCUCCGACCCCACGUCCAAGAUGCGCCACCUGGAGACCCACGACACGGACAAGGAGCACAAGUGCCCUCACUGCGACAAGAAGUUCAACCAGGUGGGGAAUCUGAAGGCCCAUCUGAAGAUCCACAUCGCCGACGGGCCCCUCAAGUGCCGAGAGUGUGGGAAGCAGUUCACCACCUCAGGGAACCUCAAGCGGCACCUUCGGAUCCACAGCGGGGAGAAGCCCUACGUGUGCAUCCACUGCCAGCGGCAGUUUGCAGACCCCGGUGCCCUGCAGCGGCACGUCCGCAUCCACACAGGCGAGAAGCCAUGCCAGUGUGUGAUGUGCGGCAAGGCCUUUACCCAGGCCAGCUCCCUCAUCGCGCACGUGCGCCAACACACAGGGGAGAAGCCCUACGUCUGCGAGCGAUGCGGCAAGAGGUUCGUCCAGUCCAGCCAGUUGGCCAAUCACAUUCGUCACCAUGACAACAUUCGCCCUCACAAGUGCAGCGUGUGUAGCAAGGCCUUCGUGAACGUGGGGGACCUGUCCAAGCACAUCAUCAUUCACACUGGAGAGAAGCCUUACCUGUGUGACAAGUGUGGCCGUGGCUUCAACCGGGUGGACAACCUGCGUUCCCAUGUGAAGACCGUGCACCAGGGCAAGGCGGGCAUCAAAAUACUGGAGCCCGAGGAGGGUGGAGAGGUCAGCGUGGUCACUGUUGAUGACAUGGUCACGCUGGCGACGGAGGCACUGGCGGCAACAGCCGUCACUCAGCUCACAGUGGUCCCAGUGGGCGCCGCGGUGACCGCCGAUGAGACGGAAGUACUCAAGGCCGAGAUCAGCAAAGCAGUGAAACAAGUACAGGAGGAAGACCCCAACACCCACAUCCUCUAUGCCUGUGAUUCCUGUGGGGACAAGUUCCUGGACGCCAACAGCCUUGCCCAGCACGUGCGGAUCCACACGGCGCAGGCGCUGGUCAUGUUCCAGACGGACGCGGACUUCUACCAGCAGUACGGGCCAGGCAGCGCGUGGCCGGCCGGGCAGGUGCUGCAGGCUGGGGAGCUGGUCUUCCGCCCUCGGGACGGGGCCGACGGCCCACCCGCUCUGGCAGAGACGCCCCCCGCGGCCCCAGAGUGUCCACCGCCCGCUGAGUGACGGGCGGCCCUCCUGUGACUGCUAUUUAAGGAUGGACGGCGCCCUAGAGGAGAGGGUGGCCCCAUUCCCUAGAGAGAAUAAAUUGGAUUAUUUUCUAACGCUGCCUAUAGCUCCCUGUGGGGGGGGAGGCGGGAGCUGGCACAGCCGAGGCCGGUGCCCCGGGAGGGCUGCUCCCCCCGGGAGGCCGCUCUAGGGAAAGGCUGGCUUCCUCGCCCUGAGUCGGGGUGCGGGUGGCACACUUGGGGCCAGAGACCGGGGCUCCCCGCAGCCGGUCCCUCAUCCGGUCUCCUCCUCGGGCUUCUCACCUGUUCAGCUUCAGGACCUGAGCUCCCCUCUCCGCCGUGGAGCACAGCCGUGAGCCCGCUCCCCUCUGCCCAGGCGGGUUGGCUUCCCCGGAUCCAGGCCGCCCAGAGCGCCCAGCUCAGAAGCCCACUCAGCCCGAGCAGCAAGGUAGGCAGAGAGCCAGGCCCCCAGGCCCCGGGCCGUCCGUCGGGCGUGGGGAAGCCCGAGGCCUCCGCCCUCCCUCGCAGGAUCCAGGCCCGGCCAGGGCCAGCUCUGGGGAACGUUCGUUUGCCCUGAGCCGAUGGAAUCUACGACCAAGCCCAGGGUCAGAGAGGAGUGGCCGGGAGCUUUGAUGGGGGAGGUAGGGAUGUGGCAAGCAGGGCCAGGGAGCCCCCCCCCCCCUUGGCAGGGAGCCCUGUCGCCGUCCCUGCCCCUCCCCAGGUUUGCUCCCAGCAGCUGUCCUCCCUCAUCAGAGGGCGCCACCUCCUCAUUCCGCAGGUGUAGGUUGGGAGGAGCCCUGUGAUCAUCCCAAGGGAGCCCCUCAACUCUGCCCCUCUAGCUUGUAGGGAGUGGGUCCAGCUGCAGGGAUGCCCCCACCCCCAGGCCAGGCUGUGCCGCUGCCGCUGCAGGGCCGCCGCCCCAGACCCAGAGGAGGCGGGGGGGCGAGACACGAGACGCCAAAGCUUGCUUAUUACGAGGUUUCUGAGUCGGCCCGUGGGUGGGUUUUUUUUCUGUAUCCAACUUUGAAGUGCCUUCCGCGUUACCCAGGAACACACAAGUUCAGUCUGUGGCAGAAACCUCUUUUGU